UGUUUUCUCCCCUACAGCUCCAUGGCUACAUGGAAAACAAGCCCCUGGGGCUUCAGAUCUUCAUUGGGACAGCUGAUGAGCGGAUCCUUAAACCCCAUGCCUUCUACCAGGUGCACCGGAUCACGGGCAAAACCGUCACCACCACCAGCUACGAGAAGAUCGUGGGCAACACCAAAGUCCUGGAGAUCCCUCUAGAGCCAAAAAAUAACAUGAGGGCGACCAUUGAUUGUGCCGGGAUCCUGAAGCUUCGGAACGCCGACAUUGAGCUGCGGAAAGGCGAGACGGACAUCGGCAGGAAGAACACACGGGUGCGGCUGGUGUUCCGAGUGCACAUUCCAGAGUCCAGUGGGAGGAUCGUCUCCCUGCAGACUGCGUCUAACCCCAUCGAGUGCUACGAGAAAGACCCAAGAGCAGACAACAAGGGAAAGCAAGUGUUGAAAAACAUCAUCUCAGAAGCAUUGGAAUUCCCCUCCUCUACCCAGCAGACCCCACCCCUGGCCCCUGAGUGCUAG